AUGUUGUGUCUGCGGGGAAGAUGGCGGACUCGGUAGCGGCUGGUCUUGCGGACGAAAACGAGACUGAAAAUGAGGAGAAGGAGAAGGAGAAACGACUUUUCAGCGGCGUCAAAAGGACGGAGAAACAAGCCGCUGCGUCAGACCUUACAGAAACGCUGGGAUUUUACGAGAGGAAGGCGAAAUGCAAAGAGAGAACGAGCAAUGUGUCAGAUCUCUCUCUUGUGAGGUUUAUUAGUGCUGAGUUGACUAGAGGAUAUUUUCUGGAACACAAUGAGGCCAAAUACACUGAGCGGAGAGAGAGGGUCUAUACCUGCCUGCGUAUUCCAAAAGAACUGGAGAAGCUGAUGAUGUUUGGGUUUUUCCUGUGUCUGGAUGUGUUUCUGUACGUGUUCACUCUGCUGCCCCUCAGAGUGCUGCUGGCCCUGAUCAGACUGCUGACACUGCCCUGCUGCGGCCUCAGUGGAUCUCGUAUCUUGCAGCCUGCUCAGGUGUGUGAUGUUCUGAAGGGUUUCAUCAUGGUUCUGUGUUAUUUCAUGAUGCAUUAUGUGGAUUACUCCAUGAUGUACCACCUGAUCCGGGGUCAGUCUGUCAUAAAACUCUACAUCAUCUACAACAUGCUGGAGGUGGCAGAUCGCUUGUUUUCAUCUUUCGGUCAGGAUAUUCUGGAUGCUUUGUACUGGACUGCCACUGAACCUAAAGAGAGAAAAAGAGCUCAUAUAGGAGUCAUCCCACACUUCUUCAUGGCUGUUCUCUACGUCUUUCUACAUGCCAUUCUGAUUAUGGUCCAGGCCACCACGCUGAACGUGGCUUUCAAUUCACACAACAAGUCACUGCUCACCAUUAUGAUGUCUAAUAAUUUUGUUGAGAUCAAAGGAAGUGUAUUCAAGAAAUUUGAGAAAAACAACCUCUUCCAAAUGUCCAACAGUGUGCAAGAAGCUGAAUCCUGCCUACCCUUCCAUGGGACCAACUUGGGAUCUAGCUCUGGUCCUGAGAGAUCUAACAGGCCCUCCAUGAACCUUGAACACUUUGGCCCAGGUCACUGCAGAGUCUACAGUGAAUACAGAGCGAGCUUGGCAUUUGAUCUGGUCAGCAGCAGACAGAAGAAUGCAUACACAGACUACAGUGACAGUGUGUCUAGGCGGAUGGGCUUCAUUCCUCUUCCUCUUGCUCUACUGUUGAUCCGGGUGGUGACCAGCUCAGUGAAGAUCCAGGGCUCUCUGUCCAUUGUUUGUGUUGUGCUCUUCUACCUGGGUAUGAUCACCCUGAAGGUGCUGAACGGUAUUGUGUUGUUGGGGAAAUCCUGUAUGUAUGUGAAAGAGGCAAAUAUGGAGGAGAAGCUGUUUCAAAAUCCCCCCUCUGCAGCUCCCAGCAGAGUGUCCAGCAGAACCCACCAUACCAAACACACACGCGAACCACCAGGUGAGCCAGCGGAGGAGGGCAUGUCUGCAUCAGUCACCACUCAACCCACCCAAAGGUAUGAAUGCCCCGCCCCUCAGAUCCCCACCAGCGAAUCAGAUCAGUUCCUCACUACACCAGAUGAAUCAGAAGAGAAAAGCCUUAUUCAGGACGAUACCGAACUUAAACACAGCGCACCCAAAAAAGACUUGCUGGAGAUUGAUCGCUUUACUAUCUGCGGUAACCGUAUCGACUGACAUUAACGCGCACCUUCAAGUUUAAGAGUGAUGCCAGGUAUGCACUGAAAUACCCGCCCUCUCUGCCAGCUUGAUUAGUUUGACAUUUGAACCUGAGCUCGUUGGAAUGAGACAGCGAGAAACUGCGGGAUAUUUAUUAAUAAGCGAUGCACCUAAUUUAUUUAAGACUUAAACACACUUAUACACAGACAAUCACACCAACACACACCGUUUUAACCAAUUGGAAUCCACCUAGUGACGUUUUCACACUGUCAAGAGGUUCAAGAUCACCAGCGGAGGUCAACAUUGGACGGCAGGGAAGAUCUUGUUCUGAUGCUCACUGUACUUGCCUUUCAAAGGGGGCAUCCAAUUAAGAAAAUGAGAGAAAGGGGUGGAUUAUAUUCCUAAAUUACAUAUUUGGAAGAUUCCAUGCAUUUGUGGAAAAAUAGUAGGAUUCAAAUAAUCAAAAAAUGUAAUGUACAGUGCUCCAAAACAAAUGUCAAAAAUUCUUACGGUUGUUUUUUUCUUCAUUCAUAAUUCUGUAUUUAAAAAUGUCCCUUCCCCUCAAAAUACUUUUAGUUUGAAAUAUUACCAUGUUCAUUGUCAGUCAGAUGUGU